AUGAAAGCCACUCAUCUCUGUCAUGGGUUAGUCCUCAUGUUGAUGACCAUUUGCCUGAUGUCAUCGUUCUCUCAUGCUGCAUCACUCCUUUCCAUUUUCAAAGCUGAUUCUUGGAAGAAUAUCCAAGAAACCAAUCAAAUGGUGUCCAUGUGUCGAUUCUUCAUUCCUUCCGUACCAAGAAAUUUAGCGACUUGUACUUGGUACAAUUCUAAUUCGUGUUGUACUGUGGAUACUUCUCAAAAGAUUAAAGCAGGAUGGGAAAAGUCAUCCGGAAGAAAUUCUGGAACUUCAAACGUGACCGUUCCACAGUUUUUAGUGGAGGCUUUUGCUGGAGGAUGUCUCGAUGAGUUACAUCAAUACAUUUGCUAUUUGUGCUCACCAGGUCAAACGACUUUCAUUGAGGAGAAUAUUCAAAUCUUUGGUCAACGUUCGACACUUUAUUUGUGUAAAUCAUUCUGUGAUCGUCUCUAUCAAAAGUGUGCUCUUGUUCCAGUCACUGGAGGUCGUCCUGUGUCAUUUGCUUUCUCGAAUGGUGAUGACUUUUGUACUCGUGGUUUGAAUGAUCCUGCCAACCAAUUGGAAAUUAAGGUGAGAACUGGAAAUUGUUUCAAUAAGGCAACUGCAUUGGGAGUAAAUUGGAUCUCAAUGAUUGUGAUGGUGGUCAUCUCAUUAAUUGUUGCAUUGAUUCAUGAAUAA